AUGGUCACGUGUCGCAGUACUAAUGGUGGCCGUGGUGGGCGUAAUGCUAACAGUCAUGGAUUGCCGCCACCGCAGCAGCAGAAGCCGAUCCACCGCCGCAACUGCCACAGCCCACUGCUUCUGAGCUUCCCUCUACGCCUGCUACUGGUGCUGUUGCUCUUCGGCAGUAGUGCACAGAUAGCUGCAGCUGACUCCAUUCCGCCUCCUCCCCCCAUGGCGCCGUUGGCCACCUGCGGUCCGAACACAGUGCUCUACAGGAACGGUGUGCCAGUUAGCGCCAUAAGGGCGCCUGUAACCUCAGCUGAUUCGGGACAGGAGAUCAGCCCGGCAUUCCUUUUGCAGGUUGUGGAUGUUCCAGUAACCUCAGUAACUGUUGGUUAUCACCACACCGGGACGCCAACUAUUGUCGUACAAUGGCAGCACACAGAGCCGGGCACAUUUUACUACGGCAUGCUUUCCGAAGCGGAUUUCAAUGCCGUAUACAAUGGCACCUCUGGCUGCAGGGAGCCAAGCGAUUUAGCACCCUUGGAGAACGGUCGGCUCGUAGACUCUACUUAUACAGCCUACCUUCCCAUUUUUGAAGCUGUAUCCCCCAGCUACUCCAGCUUGGUCCAACCCUGCGGCGCCCCGGUCACCUUCUACUGGUUCACUCGUUUUUUCAAUGACGCCAACACAAGUACUUCCUGGGCGGCUGCUGACUGGGUGCUGGCUAAUGACCCCACCAACCCCAUCUGCCCUGACUCCCCAACUGCUUGGGGUUACACCAAGCUCGCCAUCUCAUACUGCCCCUGCCCGGCUCAGCCCCCGCCGCCAAGUCCGCCACCUCCGCCGCCAAUGCCACCUUUACCGUCCUGUGGUGACUUUACGUAUGUCACCUACAACGGUGUCCCCGUCACUGGAUACCCAGCACCCGUACGGUCCAGUGUAACGGGUCAGUCGCCAUCUCCACCUCCGCCGGCCGCCAAGCCUCCGAAGGCGCCCAGAUCACCCAGUUCACCCAAAGCGCCCAAACCGCCCAAAGCGCCUGUCCCGCCCAAAGCCCCCAAACCACCCAAGGUGCCCAAGGUGCCCAAGGCCCCCAACCUCUCACCCCCACCACCCCCCGUGGGCAACAACAACCAACUUGUGCAAAGUUUCCCUUUUUUUACCUCCUGCAAUGCCCGUGACGUCAGCGUGACGCCGUACCGAAUGUCCGUACCCAGCGGGCCGUGGAAUACAACGGCUUCCAGUGCCACGUACUGCUUCCGAGUUGCCGCCACCGCAACAGUGAACAGCGCCAGCCCGUGUGCGGGAAUGACCAUUAACAGGAUGGAGAUGAUCAUCGAGAGCGGCUGUGUGGACGAGGAACCCAAGCCCGUCCGCACCGCCACCAUCAACGGCGUUUCAGUGGUCCCGCUGCUCAGCUCUAAAACAUGGAAGGGGGAGACGUACGGCGUCAUGACACUCCGCCGCCUGGCUGACAUCUUUCCCACGACCCCCUCCGGCGGCUUGUACAUCUGCUUGGAGCUGGCUAGGACCAGUCGCUGCAGCACACCGGCGGGAAUGUGCUACGGCAACAGCUGCGUGUUCGCACUGUCCAACGAUGAUUUCACCUGUUGCCCCGUCAGUGAAGUGCUGGUCUGA